CAUGUUUAUUUAAUGUUGUGAAGAUUCUCUGGUUACAGCAGAAUCCAGAACUUUACUGAAUUCAACAUAUCCAAUCCAGCUCUGAUCUUUACCAGAAAAGACAUCUUGAGCCAUGAAAUCCCUACAGACCAUCUGCCUUCUUUUCAUUUUUAUAGCUAGAGGAACCUCUCACAAAUGUAGAGUUUGUCAUGACUUUGGAGAUGACUGUGAGGGUUAUCCGGAGGAAUGUCCCUCUCCAGAAGACAAAUGUGGCACAGUUCUGAUAGACAUCUCAGUAGGACCAGUUUCAUUCAGAGGCAUCCAUAAGAAUUGUUUCUCAUCCAGCAUCUGUAAACUUGGCCGUCUUGACAUACAUGUUUGGGAUGGAAUGUACGUGAGAGGAAAAACAAAUUGCUGUGAUAAUGAUCAGUGUGAAGACCAACCACUUCCUGGUAGGUUUGUUCAGGAGGUCUAAGAACAUGAUCUCUCA